AUGCUCAUCGGGUGGCCAGACGAUGUCUACGUCGACUACGAUCCUACCACGUGGGGAGCCAAGUUUUUCGCUUUCGUAGCUGCCAUAUCGGGCCUCUUUUUCUUCGCGCUGCUGAUCGACUAUGUGCACACGCGCAUGCAUCCCUCGCACGCGGAUUCUCUGGUCGUGGACUGGAUCACGAGGCUGCGCCUUGAGAAUAAAGAAAAGUACGUACUCCAGCUGAAGAAGAGCCCCCCUCUCUCAGCUGCUCACGUGCAUUUUGGCGGGAUCUUCCUAGGGAGGAAGCGGCACGGCUGA